AUGUUCGGCAAUUCGUUACAUCUAAUUAUAAUAGUGAUUUUCACAAUAUUCACUACUGUAAAGUCCAAGCGUGAUUAUAGUUUAGAAAUUCAAAAUAUUACACCAAUCGUUACGGAUAUACCCUUUGUGAAAUCAUUAAAUUUUUCCCUAACAAAUGAAAAAGCUGCCAAUAUGGAUCUAAUCGUAAAUCGUAACAUUACCAAGUGGCCUAUCAAAUUAGCCAUGUAUAUGUUAAGUAAGAAUAAAAAACAUCGCUUUACAUUGUUGGAAACCACAUUCGAUGUGUGUCAAUCAUUUGAAGACAGACGUUGGAAUAAUUUUGUUGGCGUAUUCUUUAAUGAAUUAUUUGACAAAUCGAAUUUACCGCGUAAAUGUCCGUUUGUUGAGAAUGUCCUUUAUUCGGUACGAAAUUAUACUGUCGACGAUGAUUGUUAUCCACCCAUAUUACCAGAUGCCUCAUGGAAGUUCAUUUUAAAUCUUAAUAAUGCUGAUGCCAAAACAGGUGUGAUUACGAUUUCUGGUCGUGUUAAAAAGUGA